GUGACCACCCUGGUCAACACCAGUAACAAAGGCCCAUCCAGUAAGAAAAAGGGACGCUCCAAGAAAGCUCAUGUGCUGGCUGUGUCUGUGGAGCAGGCGACCCAGAACUUUCUAGAAAAGGGUGAGCAGAUUGCUAAGGACAGCCAGGACCUGAAGGAGGAGCUGAUCGCAGCUGUAGAGGACGUUCGCAAGCAAGGUGAGACGAUGCGCGCGGCCUCCUCAGAUUUUGCGGAUGACCCCUGCUCCUCUGUGAAACGCGGCACCAUGGUCCGUGCCGCCCGUGCCCUCCUCUCUGCCGUCACUCGCCUCCUCAUCCUGGCUGACAUGGCUGACGUCAUGAGGCUCCUGGCUCACCUUAAGAUCGUGGAAGAAGCUCUAGAAGCCGUCAAGAAUGCCACCAAUGAGCAGGACUUAGCCAAUCGCUUUAAGGAGUUUGGGAAAGAGAUGGUCAAACUCAACUAUGUUGCUGCUCGCAGACAGCAGGAGCUGAAGGACCCUCAGUGCAGGGACGAGAUGGCGGCAGCUCGAGGGGCUCUUAAGAAGAACGCCACUAUGCUCUAUACUGCCUCCCAGGCCUUCCUGCGCCACCCCGACGUGGCUGCUACACGUGCCAACCGCGACUAUGUCUUCAAACAGGUCCAAGAGGCCAUUGGGGGCAUCUCCAGCUCUGCCCAGGCCACUUCACCCACCGACGAGAAGCACGGCCACGCUGGCAUCGGCGAGCUGGCCGCCGCUCUCAAUGAGUUUGAUAAUAAAAUUAUUUUGGACCCGCUAACAUUCAGUGAGGCUCGCUUCAGGCCGUCACUGGAGGAACGUCUGGAGAGUAUCAUCAGUGGUGCUGCCCUCAUGGCCGACUCCUCCUGCACACGCGACGAUCGCCGUGAACGCAUUGUGGCAGAGUGCAACUCCGUGCGCCAGGCCCUGCAAGACCUGCUGAGCGAGUACAUGAACAAUCAGUUGUGCAUUUUGCACCCCAAGACAUUGGCUUCUUUCCUUUUUCUCUGCUGCUGCUCUCCUCCUACGCCAUCAGAUAG